CGCCGGCGACGAGGCCUUCUCUUCCGGUUACCGCGGCCCAAGCAGCCAUGAGCAGCAAAGUUUCUCGCGACACCCUGUACGAGGCGGUGCGGGAGGUCCUGCACGGGAACCAGCGCAAGCGCCGCAAGUUCCUGGAGACGGUGGAGCUGCAGAUCAGCCUCAAGAACUACGAUCCCCAGAAGGACAAGCGUUUCUCUGGCACCGUCAGGCUCAAGUCCACCCCGCGCCCCAAGUUCUCGGUGUGCGUCCUGGGCGACCAGCAGCACUGCGAUGAGGCCAAGGCUGUGGAUAUCCCCCACAUGGACAUCGAGGCGCUCAAGAAGCUCAACAAAAAUAAGAAACUCGUCAAGAAGCUUGCCAAGAAGUACGACGCCUUCCUGGCCUCGGAGUCCCUGAUCAAACAGAUCCCUCGGAUCCUGGGCCCGGGCCUCAACAAGGCAGGCAAGUUCCCCUCCUUGCUGACACACAAUGAGAACAUGGUGGCCAAAGUCGACGAGGUCAAGUCUACCAUCAAGUUCCAGAUGAAGAAGGUGCUGUGUCUGGCUGUAGCUGUUGGCCAUGUGAAGAUGACAGACGAUGAGCUUGUGUACAACAUCCACCUAGCUGUCAACUUCCUGGUGUCGUUGCUCAAGAAGAACUGGCAGAAUGUGCGGGCCUUGUACAUAAAGAGCACCAUGGGCAAACCUCAGCGCCUGUAUUAGGCUGUCCAAUAAACCUGUGUGUGUCUGA